AGUAAGAACAACAGCAACAAGAAAAGCAACUGCAACAGCAAGAGCAACAGCCUAGACUAAUACGAUUGGCAGCCAGCAAAUAUGGAGGCCACUCAGCCCAAGGUGCAUCGUCAGCAUCAGCGACAACGUCGCACCGAGGCACGUCAGCGUCGCUUGGAACGUGAGGCCGCCGCAGCGGCUGCAACGCCACCCGAUCUUGAUGUGGAGCCAACGGCUGUCCUCGAAACGCUCGAGAGCUGUGCGGCCGCCCUCAACAAUGAUACAGCAUCCACAACAACAACAAUAACAACCACAUCGGGCGCAGCGGGUCGCAUCAGUGCACAAAGCUCAGCGGACAGCAUUGAGAUGGUCGGUUCACCCAGUCAGACGUCACAGCAGACGGUGGUGUUGGUCAAUGGCCAUGCACCGCCCACGCAGGAUACGCUGGAGGAGAGCGCCUCGCUGGGUGCUGAUGAUCCAGCGGCAGAGGUGGCAACCACACGCCUCGAAUCACCCACGCAGCCAACCAAGCAAAGCGAUGGCAGCCGCAACUCCUCGGGAGAUGCGAUGAGUCUGCGUGAGACAUUGCGCCAGUUGCCGGCAACGCACGGACAUCGAUCGAGGCGCACCCAUUCGCCACAGUCGCCGGCGUUGCGUUCGCUGGAGGUGGACUCGUCCUUCCAUCGCGGCAUCCUCGGUUAUAUCGAUCGCGAGCUGAAGCAGAGCUCGCCGCAGCCCUCGGCACAGAGUUUGGGUGCGGCCAGUGCCAGUACUAGUGGCGGUGGUGGUGGUGCCUCACGCAAACAGCAAUCACUGUCCGAUCCGCAGGCGAGUCCCGCCCAGCGUUCGUUGCGCUCGAGGAACAGCUUCGACAAGAGUCCGCGUCGCAAGCGCAGCAAGUCGGAGUCGCGCAGGCGACGCGAACGGAAGCUAAUCGCUGCCGGCGAGAUGGAGGUGCGCCAGGCGAAUGAGACGCUGAUGCGUUACCUGAAACAGUGCUCCGAUAUGCAUGAUGCAUCGCUGUCUGGUGAGCUGGAAAUCGAUCAGAGCUUGGAGGAGCGACGUGUGCAUCGCAAGACGAAAUCGCAGCGUGACAAGCGGGGUCAGCUCAUCAGCAAACUUUACUCAGCUGGCGGUCUAUCAUCCAUAUUGAAGGAACUGGCGGAUGACAUUGCGCCCGCUGAGGGCGAGGAGAUCUAUAAUCCAUUCACUCCGGUCGUCUCGCCCACGGACGAUACGCCCGCGCACAUCGACAAAAUGUUUCUGCAGACGUCAUCGGGCUAUCGACCAGUGGAGCACAGCUAUUACAAACGUUCCUUUGUCGGUGCGGGUCGUAGUGGUCGUGGCGGUGGCGGCGGUGGUGGCGGAGCUGGUGCCGCUGCUGGUGGCACCACCUGCAUCGGCAUCGAUGGCAUCUCCGCCGCCGAACUGGGUGGUGCCGGCCGUCUCUUUCGCUCAAAUGGCGGCACAGCCAGCAAUCGUGGCAGCUACGGUGAUACACGCUGUCUCCUCGAUGCCGAGCUAAAUCGUAAUGGCAUCUCAAGCAAUAUACAACUUGCCUGUGUUGUUCAACGAAUUUGGCUGCUCAUUUCGAAUAUAUGCCAUGGGCUGCUAGCUGGUCUAGCCUUGGCCCAUCUACUCUUUGUGCUGAGCAGCCAUCCCACGGAUUGGGCAAAGGUCAUCAAUAGCAUGAGUCUUGCGGGCGAGACUAUAGCAAUCACAACAACGGCAGCGACAUUCACACAGCACACAGCAACACAGAUGCCAAAUUUGGGUAUGGAACUCAGCAAUUCGGAUAAAGCAGCAGCGGAUUCUGGAACGGGUACAACGACAACAUCAACAUCAACCACAACAACAACGUCAACGACGAGUAGCGAAACAUUGUCACUGAUUAGUGAUUAUGCUGGAUUUGCGGAUAUGUAUCUGAAUACAUUCUACUGCUUGGCCAUCAUUUGUCUGGUUUCGGUAUUCGAUCGCAUGGACAUUUGUCGUUGGAGCUUCUCAAAUGCCAGUGAAUUAAUAUCGUUUCGUUGGCUAAUCAUCACAAUGUUAUAUAUUGCAACCAUAAUCCUAACAAUAUGCUCCGAUUCCAUCGAUGAGAAACUCUAUCUAUUCAAUAAUAAUGCAAACAUAACGCUAACCCAACAGGAGCUGCUGAGCAAUAGUGUGCAGAGUGUUUGGAGCAGUUUAUCGUUGACGCGAAGUAUUGCUGCCAUAUCGGGUUGGAUUAUGAUUGGUCUGACGCCCCAGGAGGAUUUGCUGUAUGAGCAUCUGGUUGAUCUAACCAAAUAUCAAUUGACAAAUAAUUGAAUUUAAGGAACGAAACAAAAAUUAAAAUAUUGUAUAUACAUAUUUGUAGUGAGACCCUUUACUAAGUAGUUGCUGUUGUUUAGUAAUUGGCUUUUUAUAUUGUAUAUGUAAUAUCGCAAUGAGUUUGCUAAAAAAAAGAAUCAACAAAAAAAAAACGACUAUUUAAAACAAUAACGCAUAGAACUUGUAUACCUAGAAAGAUCGAAAGAAAUAAACUUAAGCUUUAAAGACGUGAGUUAAUUGUAUAUGUAUAUGUCCAUCAGCAAUUUGCUAAUUGAUGGAUGGAUGCCCUUCAAUGGCCGCUAGAACAAAAGUUUAGUUUGUUAAGUAUUAUACUCAAAUUAGACGGAACCAAAAUUAGUUGGCAACAACUUGAAACUAUCUACUGAAACUUAUAUUAAAUAUGUACUACCUACGCAUGAGUA